AUGCCACGCGGCCGGUCCAAGAAACACGCCUACCGAGCCAGCUUCUCCGCCGGCUACAGCGGCCAGCAGCAGCCGCAGCAGAACUACCAGUACUCCUGGCAGCCUCCUUACGACCGUCCAGAGUACUUUUCUACUCCCCGCAAGCAGCAGGCCCACCACGAUCAUGUAAGUCCCGAUUAUCAUCAUCACUACUACGGCCAUCUUCAUGGCUACGGGAAACAGACCCACCACCACCACCACCACCAGAGACAGAGACAUAGACGGAAGAUGCCCGUCCCGGACAGCGUGUCCGACGACGGCUCGAUACCCGAUCUAGAUGAUGACAACCACUACGACGGUUACUAUCACCAGCAGCAGCCUCGCAGACGGCCCUCGGCUGCUACUGCCACCUACUACACUCGCAGACGCGCCUCGACUAACCACUACCACUAUCCCCAGACAAGCUCUGCCGCUGCCGCUGCCGCUGCUGCCUACGACGAUCCCCUAGACACCCCCAAACGCUCUCGCGCCCGUCGUGCUUCCACCUUCACCCGCCCAACCCACGCUGCUGCCUCUUCCGCCCACGUCGACCCCUACGCUCAGGGCCACAGAACCCCCAAGACCAAACCUUCCGCGGCCUACCACCACUCCUCGGCCUCCCAGAGCCACCACGCCGAGCCUGCCCCGCCAAAGUCGCCCCCGCGGGCCACAGAGGCAGACGCCAUCCACCACAACAUCCCGCCAGGCUACAGCAUCAAGAACUGGAAUCCCAAGGAGGCCCCCAUCCUGCUGCUCGGAUCGGUCUUUGACGCAAACUCCCUCGGCAAAUGGAUCUACGACUGGACCGCCUUCCACCACGGCGCCACCGCCCCCAUGGCCGACGUCGCCGGUGACCUCUGGCUGCUCCUCAUCAAGCUCGCGGGAAAAGUCAAGCGGGCCGACGAGUGUGCCCCGCUCAUCCGCUCCACCGAAGCCCGCGAGAUGGUCGAAGACUUCCUCGAGUCCGGCGAGCGUCUCUGGGCUCGCUUCAAGCGUCUCCUCAAGGCCUGCGAACAUUUCAUGUGGAAGGCCGCCAAGCGUGAAAAUGCCGCCAGAGGUGGUUCCCCCGCUAACAUCACCAUGGGCCGCAACGCCGGAUGCGAGUUCGUUGACUCCAUCUUCGGUCGCGACAGAGAGCUCGAGAACACCGAGAAGCUCAUGAACAGCGUCAGACUCUGGAACAUGCGCUUCGACGCCAACUGCGGUGAACUCUUGCGUGAGGUUUCAAAAUAG